AUCUGCCAGAACAUUACGCUAUUGCGAGAGUUGCGGUUGCGUUUGACAGUUCUUCUGUCGACUUUUGUUCACCGUGUUGGCUUAAUUUCAGUGUCCGACAACAUGUUCGACACAUUACAAAUUGCUGCUUAUUACAGUAUUGUAAUUACAUGCGUUGUCAUCUUCUUGGCAUUUAUUGUCUCUUGUGAGAGAAUGAGAUAUUAUAUCAAAUUUUGUUUCUUUAUAUUUAUUGCCGCUACAGUGCCGACUAUAUCCAUACCAUUUAUGCUAUUAAGAAUUAGAGAUUGGAGGAAUGCAAUUCCCACCGCUUGGUGUUUGAAAUUAGGUAUGAGAUUAUUAGGAGUUCAAUAUCAUGUACGCGGAAAAGAAAAUCUGGUUCAAAACAGCGGUAGUAUAGUUUUAAUCAACCAUCAAAGUUCGAUUGAUCUAACUGUUUUAGCCGAACUAUGGCUGUUAAAAAGAAAGAGCAUCGUUAUUUCCAAAAAAGAGGUAAUGUAUUUUGGACCCUUCGGUAUUGCAAUCUGGCUAUGGGGAACCAUUUUUAUUAAUAGACAGAAAAGCAAAGAAGCAUAUAACGUGUUGAACGAAGCCGGAGAUAUUGUUAAAGACUCGAAGGCAAAUCUUCUCAUAUUCCCAGAAGGCCAUCGUCACUCUAAUUCUUCGUUAAUGCCUUUUAAAAAGGGUGCUUUCCACACUGCAAUCACAAAACAACUACCAAUCCAACCAAUUGUUGUUUCUAAAUAUUACUUUUUGAAUGCAAAACAGAAGAUAUUUAAUUCAGGUGUAAGUUACAUUACAAUUUUGCCUGCUAUUUCUACAGAAAAUUUAACCUUGGAUGAUCUUCCAAUGUUGAUGGAAAAAGUUUAUGAAUGUAUGAAUACUAAAUUCUCCGAAACUUCGGAGGAAGUCUUAAAUAAUCAUAUUAAUACGUUAAAAACGAAACAAUAAUACAAACGGUGAAAUUAUGGUAAAUUUUAACAGUUUUGAAUGUAUGAAAUUAUGUCAAAAAAUACUUAGUUAAAAUUGUAUGUGUGUGCAUGUAUGUAAAUAAAAUUGUCUACAUACAAUCUUUCUACUUGCAUACAACAGAAUUUUGUACCAUUUAUGAAAAAGUACAAACAUAGCAAUUGUGUAACUAAUCGUGUUUGAGGUAGCAGUUCAAAUAUGUUUGUAGUGAUAAAGUGUCUCAAAUGGGAUAAAGUAUAACUUGUGAUAUUAUGUUUAAGAAAAUACUGUAUUUUGAAUUAUUACAUAUCUGAAAGUAUAGGAUGUACCACAAAUUACUAUGCAAAUCAAGUCAGGGAAAGUUUAUGAUUUAAAACAAGACAAAUAUUAAGAUUAUAUAUUAAGAUUAACAAGACAAGCUUCCGUUUCGAGAAAAUCGAGUUUGACAAUUCGUAGAAUACGCGUACUAUUGAAUAAAAAUUAAUUGUCUCUGUUCAAGAUUUCCUAGAA